CCCAAACAAAAAAAAGUGCCAUAAAUGCACUCAACCUAAUCUCCAUUUAUGAAGGACCCUCCUGCCCAACUGUCCUCUCUACCCUCACUGCAUAAACACAGUAUAUCCCACCUUUAAAUAUUCUAUCUUUAUCACUCUUUCAAAAACCCAUAUCUGAAAAAAGGAAAAAUAUGAAGACGUUCGCUUGUUUCUUUCUCUUGGCUAUCUUGCUUCUUUCAGGAUCCUUUUCUUCUGCUACCCGGCCCGAACCCAAGCCAACAAAAGGCAAAUCCACCAACAACCCAAAGAACAAAGGCGGUAGCGGUAAUGAUGCUGGCGGGAUGGGUGGGUUCUUUGGACCUGGUAGCGGGUUUGGAAUACCCGGGUAUGGAAAUGGGAUAAUUGGUGGCGGGUAUGGAGCUGGAUUUGGAGGUCCAAACGGAGGGUACUCGAAAGGUGGUAUAAUAAGGCCUACCGUAGUGUGUAAAGAGAAGGGUCCUUGUUACAAGAAGAAACUCACUUGUCCUGCUAAGUGCUUCACCUCCUAUAGCCGAUCAGGGAAGGGCUACGGUGGCGGUGGAGGCGGUGGUGGGUGUACCAUGGACUGCAAGAAGAAGUGUAUUGCUUAUUGUUAGAGGAAGAGGGAAAGUAUUAUGGGAACAGGGCAGGCGGUAGCCGGUCAUAUUUGAUGGUAUUAUAUAGUAUAGUAGUAGUUUCAAGUAUGUGAUCUAGUUUUAUUUGGACUACAUAAAUAUGGUAUGGUAUGAGCUUUAUAUUAAUAUAUAAAUUAUAUCAUAUAUUGCUAUUA